UCUUCCGGUGGCGGGGGCACGCCAGCUUCCAAGAAAGGUCGAACCCUGGAUGAUUACUACGUGACUUCGCCAGAUGGGAAGCCUAUGCUGGAAGAUGUCCAAGCGGCAAUCAAGCUUAUGAACACCUGGAUGCAAGACAAAUGCAAGGAGCAUGAACACAUCGUGCAGUACUUUGACACCACGUUUGGCAUGGAGGAAAAGCUGAAGGAGUUCUUGGCAUGGAUGGACACUACUUUCCCGCCAGUCCCUGGUGUGUCGUACGUAACGACCGCAGACCUGCAGGCCGCUGGAGAGGGCACUUGCCUUCGUCCAUGGCACCUGUCAUGGAAGCCGGAUGCUGGUUUCCGUGGAUAUGCUGAGCCAGACACGCUCCAGAUGUUGAUUAACCUAAUUCUGGGCAAUUCGUUUCAGACUGACAGCAACCUGGGCGGGACAGAAAAACUGACCGUGUGUUUGCCGGUCAGCGGAAUGAUGAGAAGCAGGCCGCUGAUCAAAGCCCAGGAGAUCUGUGAGAAAGAGGACGCUGACCUUAUGGUCAUGCCCAUGAACAUACUCUUCGUGAAAGGAUGGACCAGGUCCUUGGCCGCUUUGUCCAUAAUGGCUGCUUGCUUCGAGAAUGACGAGCUACUGAAGUUGCUACGCGAUGAAGUCAGAGAGUCGUUUGCGGUCAUUCAUGGAGCGAUUCAGCACUGUGAUCCUGGGGACAAAGAUGGCUUGUGCAGACUUGUCGCAGAAAACAGAGGCAUGACAAUGAAGGACGCUGCCUUGAGGAAGCGUCCAAACUGUUUCAACCUCUUGCAUCAACUGCAGCUGAUGAAAUCUGGACAAGAUGACUUCGAAGAGGCUUGGAAUUCAGUGUCGGAAUUCCAGCAAGCCUAUGCCAUUGGGAAGGCCGAGGCUGCAGCUGCAAUGAACUUGCUCAAAGAAGUGGAUGUUCGAAUUUCUGCCAAGUUGAUGCAGCUUGUGAAGCGAUAUAGCCAGGCCAAGUUCAUUCAACAUGAAGGGAUCCAGGCCGGGUUCCUGAACAGAAGUUACAACGGUGCCGUGGGCCCGCUUGCUGCAUGGGAGCCUGUGAUGUUGAACGAGUACCCCGUUGUAGAACUGCUGGUUGCGCGCAUGGAGUCAGAUUUUUCCAACUUGACACCCAAGCUGCGCAAACCUUUCUCUGGCAAAGACAUUGAAACUUUGCAGAGGAUUUGUUCAGCCUUCUUGGCUGCCGUGGAUAGCUUCAGAUCCAAUGUCCCUGAGGAUUUUGCCACAGCAGAGAUUCCAGGUUUGAUGAAGUCGUUUAUGGCCCGGCACAUGGACUCUGACCUGCAGCACCUGAUUGAGCACUCUGCUCCGCCAUUGCCGUUGGCCAACUUGUCUACUUUCCGCAGCUUGCUUUUCAAGUACAAGAGAAAGGUCCAAGAGAAAUCCGAGAAGGAAGCGGAACAGCUGGCUCAAGAGCUUCAGAGUGUGUCGGCGAAGCAAACUCUGAGCAAGAUGCGCAACGAUCUGGAGACCAUGGAUGAGUGGUGCAUGCGUUAUAAGGAGUACGGUAACAGGCAGGGAGGCCUCGACAUCAAGUAUGUCUCUGAAAGAUAUGCCAGAGGAAUUGCCCAGGUCGCAGAUUUCAUGUCGUCUAAGCACAGACUGGUGAGCACAGACACUUUUGACCCAUGCCAAGCAGAGAUCCUCCAGCAUUGCCAUGCCCUGCAGUCUGGCAAUCAGCCGCUUGUGAUCAUGGUGAUGGACACCACCUGUUGGCCGGGCAAAACGAGCAGCGUGGACGAAGCUAUCGACGUUGCCAAAAUGAUGUGCAACGGCAACCCCAACUGCUGCUUGCUGGUUCUUUUGCCAACUUUGCACAGCAACGUCUCACAGAUGGCUAUUGUCAACAAGAAGAGACGCAUUGAAGACAAACUGUUUUCGUGCUUCCAUAGCACGGAGGUCAGCAUUUCCUUUUCAGAUCCAGGGCAUGCAGGUGACAAGCGCCCACGGAGCCAAAGCAGUUACCUGUGUAUUGGCAAUGUGCACGGUCUGGCGGCAUCAGCGUGGAGAAACUCCAAAGCCAUGCUGGCAGUGAUUGGUCCAAUUGACAGAGCCAGAGUCUGCGACCUUCGGAACUUUGAGACUGACAAGCCACUUUCGCCAGGGGAAAGGGCAAUGCAACGUGGGUGCAGUGGUACAGCCCAGAUCUUGGAUGCGUUGGUUGACGGCAUGUCCGAGAACCAGUUUGAGAAAGUGUUGGUAGUGGACUUGCUGCCAAACAGGUUCAAUGAGUGGAGUCAGAGCAUUUGGGCGAAGCAGAAGGUCUUUUUGCAGGGCACUGGCCCAGUUGGUGGCUUCGAUUGGCACUACUUGGGUUUCAUUGUCCAAGACGAUCAUGAUGACACUCGUGAUGGAAUCUUGGCCAAGCUGCCGAACACCAUGACGGGGAUGCUGAUGCAGGAGUGGUGGGAUACGUGCACCGAAGCUGGGCCAAAGCAACGGGUUCGCGAGUCCUUUGGGGAAGCCAAGCCAACACUGCAGUUGCUUUGUUGGAAAGACCAGCAGACACGACUGGCGAUUCCGGAUGCAUUGGAUGAGAACUUCCGCGACCCAUCCAACCCAGAUGCUCAGACACAGCUCAGCCAGAUGCACGCUGAGUUGAAAGCUUGGAACCAGAAGUGGCAUCCUGUCUUGAAGGGCGGUGCUGGCAACAACAGCAAUGCCGCUGCCACCUCCACUCAGGCGAGCACCAACGGCCAGCAACCUGCCCGCGUGCUUUGUCAGCCUGUCUAUUCACCAGAAGAAGAGCCAUUGAACGUUGCCAAGCAGUACAACUUCCCAGAAGAUUGCGUUAUUCCCUUUGAGCAGCUUACGGAGCUGCUGGCAACUGGAGGCUGCGUGGGAAAGCCAGAGAUCAAGGUCAUGAUUGGAAAGAACUUUGAACUGUACAUCACCAACACCACUGACCGCGACAUUGCAGUGGGUCCUUGCGAGAUCUUUGGCUUCAACGUGGGUGCAUUUGUGGAACGCAUCACUUCCGAAGCCCGUUCAGCACGAGACGGUAUUCUGUGGAAAGUGAUGAGCGAUGCUGAGAUCUUGAUCACGGAGUCUGAGGGUGGCAAGAAACCCAUGCCACUGUCCCAUUUGAUUUGUGCGCAGGCGCAGGAGAAUGGCAUCGUUGACAUGGAUGUCCAAGAAUACAACUUGACUCAGGUUUGCCAGGAUGAUGGCGAGCCACUCCCUUUUCGCUACAAGAUCAACCCGAAGACGAAAUCUUUGCUCAUGGUUCCCAAGAAGUUGGAUGACAACAUUGACACCAGUGCGGUGAGGGCCACUAUGUUGGGAGCUUUCUUCAAGGAUUCUUUCCAUCUUGUCCCCAGGACUGAUGUGGGGCGCAUUUGCUGGGAGGUGACCGUUGAAACUUCUGUCCCAGCUUUGGUCAUUCCCAAGAAGCCUAAGUUCUGGCUCGUUUGCUCGACAGUCCUGCGUGCCAAGUGUGCUCAUCACAUUCGCCAGUGAAGGGCCUUUUUGCGGUGCAGCGAGUUGGUUGGGAUAUGAUCUUGCCAU